AUGGUUCCUAAUGGACUUUCGAUUCUUGUAUUUUGUAAUGUAUCUUUAUUGUAAUUUCAUUGGCAUCAAUAGAAUUACAGAAAGCUUUGUGAAUUCUACAAUUGCCACAAAAGAUAGAUGAUGGUAUAAAAUUUGCUUAUUGCUUAAACAAUCAUGUAUAGGUAUUUAUAUAUCAUUUAAUUUUUCAGAUAAUACUUAAUAAUUAAUAGUUCAAUUUGGAUCUUCAAGAAUAAUUAUCUCAAAUACUAUAUCAAUUUCAGUUAGAAUAUUUGUGCCAUUUCUUAUAAUUAAUCAAUCUGGCAUAUAAAUUAUAUCGAAUUCAAUUAAGCCUAAAUUCAUAAUCCUUUAUUUGUUUGGAUUCAAGCUGCAAUAUCUGAUUUAAGGAUUUCAAUUACUAGUAUUCACAGCUAUUUAUUAUGGACUCUUAGGGUUGAUAAAUCUGAGGAUAGUAAUUGA